AUGAGCGCUCCCUCGAAUCCCCCGGCCGCUGCGCCCGCCGACAAUAUUCCUGCUGUCGAUGCCUCACAGACCACCCCUUCUGACCCGUCACCUUCAAGUCCUGCUGAGAUCGCAGCUACCCCUGAGUCUACCACUAAACCCGCAGAAUCCACCGAUUUAGCCAAGCAAAUCGAGGAGUUCGAAUCUCAAUUGCCAUUGUCCGCCGCCGACGGUCUCAUCCAGAAGCCCUUUCCCCGCCCCCUUGAAUCGGCCAAGCCGACACCCCCGGCCGAGCUCACCUCCGAUCAGCAAGCAAAAUACAAGGAUGUCCUGAAGGCUGUCUCAGAAUGGACCACGGUUCCGACAACGUCCGCUAAGAAUUCUCCAACCGCCCCUAUUACCGACGAUGAGCGCAUGUUCCUGACCCGCGAGUGCCUGUUGCGGUACCUGCGCGCAACCAAAUGGAAUGUCUCCGAGGCAAUUGCGCGCCUCCAGCGCACGCUCACCUGGCGCCGCGAGUACGGCGUUGAAAAGCUCACAGCCGAAUACAUCUCCGUUGAGAAUGAGACGGGCAAGCAGGUCAUUCUGGGAUAUGACAUCCACGGGCGCCCAUGCCUCUACCUGCUGCCAUCAAACCAGAACACGGAAACGAGCGACCGCCAGAUCCAGCACUUGGUCUUUAUGCUUGAGCGCGUUAUUGACCUCAUGGGCCCGGACCAGGAGACGCUGGCACUGAUCGUCAACUACAAGGAAACGAAGUCGGGUCAGAACGCGAGUAUCGGCCAGGCCAAGCAGACCCUCAACUUUCUGCAGAACCACUACCCGGAGAGAAUGGGUCGCGCCCUUGUCAUUAACAUGCCGUUCAUGAUCCUUGGUUUCUUCAAGAUCAUCACGCCGUUCAUCGACCCAUUGACUCGCCAAAAGCUAAAAUUCAACGAGGACCUGGGUCAGCACGUGCCUCCAGGCCAGUUGAUGAAGUCCAUGGGUGGUGAGGUCGAGUUCCGGUACGACCAUUCGAUCUACUGGCCGACGCUCAACAAACUUGCCGACCAGCGCCGAGCAGCAUACAAGGAGCGGUGGAUCCAGGGCGGGAAACGUGUUGGUGAGAUUGAGAAUUAUCUGAAGACGGGCACCAGCCCGAGUCUCUCUCAGACGGAGGGAGCGAAUGGUGGAGCGCAGCCUACAGCGUAA